AUGAAGGAACCAGUAACGGCUCGAUCUCCAGAUGUAGCUUCACAGGUAGACCAGCAACGGCGGUAUCAACCAGCAAUACUUGUGGUCGAUACAAGUAACACAACUGUGGCUACACACAAUCAGACUGCAUCUCUAGAAACGUUUAAUGUUGCUUCUGAAAACAGCUCCACCGGAAAACAACAGCUAGUAAGUUUACAGUCUCACAAGAAUUCUAAAGAGCAGCCUGCAUCUUUGAUUUCUCAUACGAGUUCUUCUGGGCAUACAUCAACAACGGCGCUGCAAGGAAACUUAUAUCUUAAAAAAGAACAAACAGCUUCAGCGUCCUUAGAUAGUCCCAGUGGACAAUCAAGAAAAGCAGCAGAUCAAGAAACGUCAAUUUUAAGAGCGACAGAACAGAAAACAACGGUCGGACCUGAUUUGUAUUUGGCCCCUAGAAUACAACCAACAACUUUAUUGACUCUUAAAAAUACAACUCAGUUACAAACAACAGUUUCAUCCUACGCUAUUGCGACCAAGACAGCGGUGAAUUCUACUACUGAGCAUGUUCAAGACGAAGACACUCCAAGGCUGAUAUCCCUAAUACAACAGGCACAUGCAAUCCUGGAUCAUCAAAAUAUAAAUAGUUUGCCAAAGAAUAGUUCCUAUGAAGAGCAGAUACCUACGCCUUCAAGCACUGCUGAAGAGCAAGGAACGGCUGUGCCUAACGCGCUUUCAACUCCACAAUAUCAAACGACAAAUCUAGUUUCACACAACAGUUACGCUGAAAAAUUAUUAACAUCAGUUUUUGGAACAUCAACAACCUUGGCAUCGGUACACCGAACUAAGCACCAGACAACAACAGAAGCACAACCACAGUUCCAAGUAGAUUUCCAACUGGUUCCCUUACCAGCUGUUAUCCUUCGAGCACCAGAGCCAAUAACAACAGAGGGUUCUGUUGUUAGUUCCGUUGAAGAACAUAAAUCUAUUCAUUCGAGCACUGCUGAAGUGCAAGCAACUUCUGUGACUGACGUACAUCCAACUCCACAAUAUCAAACGACGAAUAUAGUACAUUCAUUACCUUUACAUCCUCGAAAAAUUUAUACAGAACAGUCAAAGAUGUUUGAAUCUCAGCUGAAUCCAUCUCCACUGAUUACGUCUUUGAUUGUUGGUGAGCCAUUAUCGUCAGUGGACCAGGCAAAUUUAACUCAGGAACAACUAAAUACCACAUCCUAUGGGCAACCAAGGCCAACAACUAGUACACCUCAUGAAGGUUCCUUUAACCAAAUCUCAUCUUUGUUACCCCAAAACACUUCCAUUGGGCAGAAAAUAUCAUCAUUGGACCAGCCAGCCACAUCCUUGAGACAUCAAAACACCAUUUCUCUAGCUCAAAAUAAGUCCUUUGGACAACCAAAAACCCUUACAUCCUUAAACGGUUACCCUUCAGAGCUUCAUCCCUCGAUAUCUCAAAACAUUUACCCUAGUCGCCCAUUAUUACCAGCGGUGCAGCUACAGUCAACUCUGGACCAAAAAAAUAGCACUUCUCUGGUUCAAAAUAGUACCCAGUACGGCCAGCCAAUAACCGUUAUUCCACUCAAAGGUUCUUCUGCCAAUCUUCCAUCUUUGACACUUCAAAACAAUUCAACUACUCAGCCAUCAUCGGUAGUGGAUCAGGUGACUUCAGCACAGGAAAAACGCAAUAACACUUCUCUCACUCAGACUAAAUACCAUGGGCAAUCAGUGACAGUUAAACCCUACGAAGGUAAAGUUCAGACUAUGGUUUCUUCAAACAGUUCCUCCCUUCAAUCACUAUUAUCAGUGGAAAAGCUAACUUUACCUAUACAAAAACAAAAUUUCACAUUCAUGGUUCAAAAUGGUUCCAAUGGACAGCCAACAACUGUGUCAUCUCACUCUACUUCCUCUGUCCAACUUUCUUCAAGGAAACCUCAAAACAGAAUUUUGGAACAGACAAAUGAACCUUACGUAAACUCAACUCCAAAACUACAACCACUGCCUUCACUGUUUCAAAAUGAUUCUGCUGAACAGUUAGCAACAACUUCAACUAGGCCGUAUUCUACUAUAAAGUUAGCAUCUUUGAUUACAAAAGAUAAUUACACUGAGCAGUUACUAUCCAUUAUGCACCAGGGAAACACAACUUAUAAGCAGCAACCUACAUCGCUGAUAUAUGGUGGAAAACCAACAACCGAUUUAUUUGACGUUGGCUCAAAGGUGAAAAAUGCAACUCUGAUACCUUACAAUGGCAAUACUGAGCAGAUUUCAACUUCUGCGUCCCGGCAGAAUCUUUCGAUCAAACUUUCUUCGUUGAUUCUCCAAGGCAAUUCCGCUGAACAACCGUCAUCACCUCUUCAUCAAACAAAAUUGGCUGAGAAAUCCCUUUCUCAAGACAGUCCUUUUGGCUUGAAGCCAACAUCCGCCGAAUCUCAAGCGAACUCCUUUGUGUAUCUGACAAUUUUUAUUCCUCAAAACAAUUCCAUUCCCACUGAAAUACCACCAUCAGCCCUUCAUCAGACAAAUUUAACCGUGGAGCAAAAAGUCACAACUGCAUUGCAACCAACAAAUCUUGUCUCCCAAAAAUACUCUGGGGAACAGUCGAUGACGGUGUCAGCUUCUAUACAAUCAAAUUCCCUGCGAACAACGUUGGCUCAUAAACACACUGUUGAGAAAAAUUCAUCAGUUAUCCAUCAAGAUAAUUCGACGAUACUAAGACCGCCAAAUAAGAACUCUUCUUGGCUUUUUGCCACACCUGUACUUGUUGUAAAUUCCACCCUUCAGCAAAAGCUUACGCCAACGUCCACAAUUGACGACAAGUCUACUCCGAAACCUUUUACUUUACUGCCUGAAAUCAGUUCUUCAGAGCACAAAUUUAAAACGACAAAAUUUAGCGUUCAUUCACCUUUACAAGAGAAAAAUUCAACCAGCUUCACUGUCCAAACAACAGCAGCUUCAAGUCAAUUUUACUCAACUCAGCAAUCAACAGCAAUUACAUUGCCACUGUUACGAAAAGGUAAGAAGUUGCUAAAAGAGAAAGAAAAAAAUAUUGAAUACUAAGCUUAGGAAGAAGUCUUUUUUAUCGUGGUAGAUCACUCUUGUUCCAACAAAUUUUAAAAGAACCUAGCUAAUGCAGGGAAGCGGGGAGCGCUCGCCUGGGGAAAAAAACCCUCAACUGCUUCCAAUUUGUGCCUCUCACACCAGGAGUGAUCCACUUAGCUUACUCCCGACUUUUUGCCCUUUUCCAAGCUUUCUAGUUCUUCUAGAAGUAAUAUUUCAGUUAAUGAUUCAUUAAAUGAGUAUAAUUUUCUACUUUCCUUUAGCGACAACUUUGCGAUUUGUCUUUUUGCUGAAAAACGUUGAUUUUGACUUCGACCUUUUCGACGACUCCUCUGCAACCUAUGAAAGUUUAGAGGCAAACGUAACAAAU